AUGGAAAAGAAAGAGAAACCGUGUCCUCCUAUCCAUUUUGCCUGCAGGAAAGAGUUGUCUAGCUUGCAUUUCGAGCGUUUAUGGUCUCCUCCGAAGUUAUGGACGCCGACAUCAUUCAUUGAGUGUUGCAGAUUUACUGCUGAUAGCAAAUCGUUGCUAUUUGGUGACUCGAGUGGGGUAUUACGGUGCUACCAGCUAGAGACCAAAGAGGUAUCAGAAUUUUCUGUUGGAGCAGAAAUAAUCUGGGCUUUAGAUGUCAGUUCUGAUGGUGAAUAUAUUUGUUGUUGUGGAAAUGACAGAUUAGUUAAUGUUUGGAGUAGAAGUUCUGCAAAGUGUCUUGCUUCGCAUUCUCGCCAUAAUGACAGCGUUUGGAGCGUAAAAUUUACAGUUGACACUAAUUACGUCAUAUCCUGCUCUUCGGAUUUAAAAAUAAUUAUUUGGGGUUUCAGAACAAGUCCAGAAGCUUGUCUUGUUUUGGAUGGUCAUGCGAAGCCUAUAUCCCACAUUGACGUUUCAAGUGAUGGAAAAAUGUUUGCUAGCUGUUCAUAUGAUCAAACAGUUCGCAUUUGGAUUGAUUUAAACGAUAUUUCUCGAAAAAAUAUAAAAUGUUGUACCGUUCUCAAAGGUCACAAGAAACGUGUGAAUUGCUGUUCCUUCUCGCCGCAUAGGAACGAUAUACUUGCAUCUGGGUCAGCGGACUGUGACAUCAUCUUAUGGAGUAUUUUAGAUGAACGUGUACUUUUCAGAUUCAGAGGCCAUUGUAACAUUGUUUGGUCAUGUGCUUUCCUGAGACUGAAGAACGAGCUUCUUGUUUUAUCAUGUUCCAGUGAUCACAGUUUAAGAUUUUGGGACACAUUCACGGGAUACGAGCUGGCGACACGGAAAGGUUUUUGCUUUCAAGACGAUACGCCCGCCCAGUUACUUUGCUGUCAAGUGUCACGUGACGGAGAGACGAUCGCAAUAACAACUACGGAUGGUUGUGUAUACAUAGGAUCUUUUAAACAAAAGACAAAACUAUAA